UUGCGUUUCCAGGUCAUUCACACAUUCGAUCAACUGAAUACAACCGGUUGCAGUGUAUUCCAUCCACAAGGAAAUGAAAUAAUCAUCAAUACAGAAGUGUGGGAUACUCGAACAUACCGUUUGCUUCAUUUGGUUCCUGCUCUAGAGCAGUGCAAACUUGUUUUCAAUAGCACAGGGAAGGUUGUUUAUGCUGCCAUGUACUCCGACUGCGCAGAUGUUUUUCGUAACACAUAUUGUGCGUCAUUUCGUACUUUCGAUACUUUUGAUUACUCUGUGAUUGCUACGGUAGAUACAAAACGUCCUCUGCUAGAUAUCUCAUGUGAUCAUUCCGAUCGCUACGUUGCUGUGGUCGAGCGAAUGAGUGAGGGAGAAGUUGAGUACAUGCUCAGCAACGAGAAGACUUUGGUGAGAGCGUACGAGGUUGGCAAACGACGUGAUGCUGAAGAUGACGAUGUCGAUGAGGCUGAAGAUGAGGAGGGAUCAGACACUGGUUCUGAAAGCUCUGAUAAUAGCGACAGUGAAGGCAGUGGCUGGGAGACGUCAUCGAACCAAAAUGACCCGGUCGAGGACGGUGGCGAAGACGCCGAUGGGGAGCAAGAUGAUGGAGAAAUGAAUUCGAGUCGAAGUGAUGGGAGUGGCGAAGGAAAUGGGGACGAGUACCUACUUCACCAAGAUCCGCGGGAGGAUCAUCCGACGAGUAGUUCGACGGCCGUCAAUCCUCAUAUACGUAGACAACGAAGGGGUCAGCGCUAA